CUUCGGAAAGGAUCACCUUUUCUAUCCGAUGUCAUCGGUUGACCAGUGACCGAUGGAACUAGGUAGCGCACCGGAGCGCUGGAAGGAGCGUGUCCCCAAUUGGUGUCGCGCAUUAAAUAGAUUCCCACCAUCACUGGGGAAUAAAAGAAUAGCCCUCAUGAUGUUAUAAAGACACUCGUUUGACACGUCUUUCUUAGCUCGAAAUGGCCGGAGGCUCACUCAACGGUACUUUUGGCGCCUUCCUUAUCGGUGUCAUCAUGUCUUCAUGCUUGUUUGGUGUAACCUGCACGCAGACCUGGUAUUAUUUCACUCGCUACUCUGACAGUAUCGCCAUCAAGGCCUUGGUCUGCACUAUAUGGUAUUCGUCACUGCUAAUCAGACACCCAAUUCUUAUGGGUUUGCAUAGGAUUUUGGAAGUCAUCCAUGUGGCUUUCACUAGCUAUGCCAUUUACUAUUAUGUAGUACUACAUUAUGGGAAUCCACCUGCUCUGGCUGAAAUCCCGGUGGUAUGGUCGGUAUCUCUCAAUAUCGGCGUGACGGAUCUCAUUACUUUGCUUGUCUACUUAUUUUAUGCUCGGCGGAUAUAUUAUUUGUCAAAUCACAAUGUUCCCCUAGUGGCCAUCAUCAUUGUUCUCUCGAUCUGUCGCUUGGGAACUAGCCUGGGUGUCACCGGCUACAGCAUAUAUCUCAAGUACUUCAUCCUGUUUGCACGCCCCGGCAUGAAAAACCUCAUCAGGACUUCCUUGAUUCUUCAUGUGGUGACAGAUCUCCUGGUUGCCGUAUCACUUUGUUAUUAUCUCCACAAGAGGCGCACGGGAAUUAAACACACCAACACGAUGAUUAAUAGACUCAUGGUCUAUGCGAUUCAUAACGGUCUUAUAACUGCGAUUGUGGAUAUCCUCGUCUUUGCCUUCAACACAGCCUACCCUGACAAUCUCGUAUAUCUGUCUGUUUAUCAGAUCGUUGCAAACUUAUAUUCAAACUCCUUCCUUGCUACAUUGAACGCCCGUAGACGUACCAAACCGAACAAUGAUACUGACGUCGACAUGUUGAGUCUAUCCACCUCCGGUGCCCAUGAUAUGUCCUUCGAAGAUGCCCCCAGGACCAACACGACCAACUUGCGGCACAUUAAUAUUACUAUCUCAUCCACUGUGGAGACCAUGGGAGAUAUGAACGGGACCUCUUCUGUGAGUGCGUGUAUAGUAGUAACCUUUGCUUAUUGACCGUGUUCAUUCGAACCACAGACUGAACCUGGUUCCAAAGUCGUAAGCGUCUGAAGAAAGAGGACACGGACGUGUUUUUUUCAUCCGCUGCUUAUUGCCUUCGCUUGUUUACUGUCGCACUCGAAAGAUCCUGCAGCGGAAACGGUGAAAUAUCAGCGAUGCCUUGGAAGCGCUUCUUCAGUAUGGCUUCAAUGUGUACAGGAAUCGUAGUUUGGUCGAGACAUACUUGAACGUCCAAGAGGCGCAUACAAGAAGAAUGAGAAAUUGUCUUG